UGGAAUUGAAAUUUUUAAGUGUCAAAAAUGCUUUCGUAAAUGACCUAAUAUUAUAUCUAAAUGUAAGCGAGAGAAAUAUGCUUAUUAGACCAGAAUGAGUCAUUUACAGAGAGAUGAACUUAAUACAAAUCUUUUCGGAAAGUGAAACAUAAACAGAGAGCUUGAAUAUAAAAUUUGUGAGAGAAUAUAACGUUGUGAGACUUUAGUUUACUGAAUGUCUGCUUAGUGUCUGAGCAGUCGUCGAUGUUUUCACAUCGAUUUAAAUUGACGAGAAGAAUUGUAAAAAAAAGUACUUUGAAAUUCCUUCCGCAUAUCCAAUAAAAAGAAGAAUCAAAAAGAAUCAAAUCAAAUAAAUCAUUUCUUGUGAAUGAAUUGAGUGCGUGAAACAAGAAGCAAAAAGAUGAAUGAAAAUAAUUUUGAAGAAAAACUUCGAUUAAUUUUCAUUCUCCGACAGUGAAAAAAAAAGUUUUUGGCUCUUUAUAUUUUUCCAUUCAUAUAAAGGAUAAGAAAAUUUCAUUGAAAAUCAAACCCUUCAUUAUUAAGGAAUAAAAGUUAUAGAAAAUUUUUUAAAAGUUUUAAGCAGAGUAGAAAAGUUUAAGUAAAAAUACAUAGUGAAAAUAUUAGAAAUGCCAAAAAUUAGGAAGCUUAAUUUGAUAUCCUUGGCAAAAAUGCGACGAAAUGUGAAAUUUUUCAUAGUAUUUUGUAUCUCAUGGAUGUUUGUGCUAUUAUAUUAUUUACAAGGAUCUGCAAAUAAGAAUGAAAAUAGAGCUUUAAGAUUGCGUGAUGGCGUUGUUACAUUAUCAAGUCUCUUGGGAGAUGAUAUAAGUGCUUCCACAUCACCAAAUAAUAAUAUUAAUCUUCAUAAUCAUCAUCAUUUGGGCUCAUUAGCGUCAUUUUCGUCUUCAGAUGCUGCACCACCACCGCGACUUUCGUGGGAUUAUUUUGAUGAGAUUGGAUAUAUAAAAAGGGGAGGAUUGAGAACAGGAGAAGAUCCAUAUAUAAGAAAUCGUUUUAAUCAACAAGCUAGUGAUAGUCUUUCAAGUAAUCGUGAUAUUCCAGAUACUAGAAAUCCAAUGUGCAGGAGAAAAAAAUGGAUAAGCAAUUUACCUCCAACGAGUGUAGUUAUUACAUUCCACAACGAAGCUCGCAGCACGCUUCUGAGAACGAUAGUCAGUGUACUUAACAGGAGUCCAGAUCAUUUAAUUAAAGAAAUUAUUUUAGUAGAUGACUUCUCGGAUCAUCCUGAAGAUGGUUUAGAACUUGCAAAAAUAAAUAAAGUAAGAAUACUUCGAAAUGAAAAACGAGAAGGUCUUGUGAGAUCGAGAGUAAAAGGAGCGGAAAUUGCAACAGCCGAGAUUCUCACAUUUCUUGACAGUCAUUGUGAAUGUAAUGAGGAUUGGUUACCCCCACUCAUUGAACGUGUCGUUGAAGAUGAAACUAGAGUCGUUUGUCCCGUAAUUGACGUCAUAUCUAUGGAUAAUUUUCAAUACAUUGGAGCAUCUGCAGAUCUUCGUGGUGGUUUUGAUUGGAAUCUUGUAUUCAAAUGGGAAUAUCUAUCUCCACAAGAGCGACAAGCAAGGCAGAAGGAUCCUACAACAUCCAUUCGUACGCCUAUGAUUGCUGGAGGGUUGUUUGUUAUUAAUAAAACAUAUUUUGAAAAACUUGGAAGGUAUGAUGAGAAAAUGGACGUGUGGGGUGGUGAAAAUCUUGAAAUAUCGUUCCGUGUGUGGCAAUGUGGAGGAAGUCUAGAGAUUAUUCCAUGUUCUCGUGUUGGACACGUAUUUAGGAAAAGACAUCCUUACACCUUCCCAGGCGGGAGUGGAAAUGUUUUCGCUCGGAACACACGUCGUGCUGCUGAAGUUUGGAUGGAUGACUAUAAACAGUAUUAUUAUGCUUCUGUACCAUUGGCUAAGAAUAUUCCAUUCGGAAACAUUGAAGAUAGAUUAGCAUUAAAGGAAAAACUUCACUGUAAGCCAUUUAAAUGGUAUUUAGAAAAUGUCUAUCCUGAGCUUAUCGUACCAGAAACACAAGCCAGAGGAAGUAUAAGACAAGGACCGUAUUGUGUGGAUACAUUAGGACAUUUAGUUGAUGGAACUAUUGGAUUGUAUCAAUGUCACGAAACUGGCGGCAAUCAGGAAUGGAUUUUUACAAAACGUGGUCAAAUAAAGCAUAUUGAUUUAUGUCUCACACUAGUCAAUUUCACUCGCGGCUCAAUGGUUGUAAUGAAAUAUUGUGAUGAAUCGGAAAAUCAACAGUGGGUGAUGAGAGAUGGAGGACUUUUGCAGCAUAGCAAAAUAAAUGUAUGUCUAGAUUCACGGUUGGUGACAGAACGUGGGAUAACUGCAGAACGAUGCAAUUCUGCGCUUGAGACACAACAAUGGCGAUUUAUGUCGGAUCUGUCAUGAAAGUAAUUUUAAACAGCAUUCCUGUUGUUUUGUAUUCUUUUUAUUAAUAGCAUAAAUGAUGACAAUGUAUUUGAUGUGAAUUUGUGGAGACUAAAUGUUUCAUUCUAAAUAAAUAGUUAUUUAAAUGAAUGAAAAAUCCCAAGAUAUGUUUCAGCUUAAACAUUCUUAGUUAUAAACUCCAUAGAUUCACUAAAUAAACGAAAUUUUUAAUUUUUGCUCAAUUUUUUCUUCUUAUUGUGAUUUAAAAAUAAGGUUCAUUAAAAGAAAAAAAAGGAACAAAUUGUAAUAGUAGGAAAGAAUAUAAAAAUGUAAGACAUGUUUUGUAGCCUAAAAGUAUAGACUAAGUUAUGAUGUUACAUAAAUCACGAUAAAGACAGGAUUUAUAGACGAUUUUUGUUAAAACUAUAAACGAUUUCUUGUUAUUUAAUUUUUAUUUUAAAUCUCUACUUAUUAUUAUUGUCAAUUUCUGCUGUAAAUGUUUAUCAAAUAGCUCAAUUCAAUACAUUUCCAUCAUUUUCAAAUAAUAAUAUUUUUUUGUGAUAAAAGAUUUAUUAAAUUAAUAACAACAUUAUAAAAUUAUUGAUUAAAAAUCCUUUUUACUAAAUCUAUAAUUAAAAUCCUUUCAAUUUUUUAGCUUUAAUCAUUUUCUUGCAUAAACAAUAAUAUUCUGAUAAUGUUUUAAUUCAGAAUGCUUAAUCUUGUAAAUGCAUCUUUUAAUAUCCAAGUUAAAAAAUUUUUUUUAUAUACAAACGCUAAUUUUCAAUUAUUUCAAAUCUCUAAUUUACAAUAUUAAAAAUCUUAAAACAAUUUAAUAAAUGUAAAAACCAAUUGAUAUUGGAACUCUAAUAAGAUAAAACUCCUUAUUAAUGAAAACUGUCUUCGAACAAGCAUAACUUAUGUAAAUUAUUAAACAAAUUACAUCAAAAAAUAUGAAACCAAAAAAUGUUAAAUUUUCUUUUCAUUUUAUGUUCUUUUGAACGUUUUAUUAACUUGUAUAAAAACAUCAGAGAAUUAAAGUUCUGAAGUACAUUAUAUAUUAUUAAGUUAAAGAGAUAUGAGUAAAAAGGUUGUUAAUUAAUUCGUACACUAAAUGAUAUUG